AUGCAGGGCCUGCUGGGUAUUUCAUCUUCACUUCUCUCAACUCGUUGCAUCCGCUACAUGGCAGUCCCACUGGCCGAGAACGGGAUACAGCCAAAAUUAGAGUUAUUGAUAGAGAUAUUUGUACCGCAAGUUAGGUAUCUCUCUGUUGCUGAAGUUUCACAGUACUACGAGACGGCGCACCCCCCUGCGGAUGAUCUGAAGCAUCUCAUUGCCAACUCGGCAUCUUGGGUAGCAACAACUACCAAGAAUGCUCAAAACAGCAAGAGACUGUCAGACUCGGCCAAGGUUGCCGGCACUCUCGGCGAUCUCUCGCUUAUCUUGACGACCGCGACAACCAAGUUCAUGAAACAAGUGCUUUGGGGUGACGAUAACUCGGUCAAAUACCUCGGUGACAGGAUAGCUGAGGGCAAGUUCAACAAAAAGAACACCACAGUCUCAAUGCCCGAGCUGCAGACUCAAAUCGUCAAAGUCUUGCUCGCGAUCCUGAUCCCCGCAACGUGGAGGGUCAGCGAUGACCCGAAGAGAAUGACAUCAGAACGCCUGGCAUCAUUCAGAUCCCAGCAUGUUCGCCAGAGAAGACUAGGAGAGGAUGGAAGUACGCUAGCAGCUUGUCUUCAACUCACAAAGAGAAGCUUCUCGAUGCACUGA